AUGUGUGUGUGAUAUUAACAAGUGGCUGUUACAAGCUCAGUUAGUAUGCGCGACGCAAAUCGUUUGAAGAACAUAACAAAGUUCAUAAACGUGUUUUAAAAAGCACGUUAAUUUAUUACAAAAACAAUGUAACAUAUAGAUAAUAUUAUUCAAGAGAUAUGGACCCAGGUAUAAUUUAACACAAUUAGAUCUUCUGGACGUAAUAAGAUAUUGUUGAUUGAUAAAAGUAUAGGGAAAGAAACAAUUGUAAAAGUAACUGAUUGGUUACGUGGAAUGUGGGAAAUGAGACGUCGUAAUAGCCCGGUUCAACAAUGGGUCGACUCAAUACCCUCGCCUUUAAAAUCAAAUCUACCUGUUUCGAUAGACGUUAAGCCUAGCACUUCUGCAACACCAACGCCAGCUAAAGACAUUCCGCUUUUGAAAGGCAACUAUUCAAAGCUACCGACAAUGACUGUAUCAGCUCCUAUCAACGUGCCUAGCACACCAGCAAUCAAUAAUAUGUCUAGAAUACCUAGUUCUCUUCCUCAUGCUAGACUUGCACGAGAUCAGAGUUUUCAAUCGGACAGUAGUCAUUGCAGUAGUAUAGAAAGUUUGUUAGAACUGAGAAAAGCAGAUCCCGAAGCUGUUUUAUUUAGUCUUGGAUUCGGAGGUUGUUCCAAUAGUCCUCAAGAAAGCGGCCCGUUGUCUCGUAUACCUAAAAGGUUCUUACAGCCAUCUAAAUUAAAAGGAAUUGCUAUUAAUGACUUUGUUAAACAACAACAAGAAACAAGCGAAUCUUUUGAUUCCGUAUCUUUAGGAUAUAGGGGUCUAACAGGUUCGCCAUAUGUAGCACCAUCUGAAAUAGUCCAAAAAAUCAUGGAACGAUUGCGCGAACAUGAGUCACAUGAAAUGGAUGCAUGUGCAAUAUACAAUGCUUAUGAACAAUCCAACAAGAUGUAUCCGCAAUCUAGACAUUCCGUAUUAUCGCCAGACAACAGACAAUUUUUGGAGCAGCCACGGUCAAAAAGUCCUGAUAUGCGCAAUAAGCGUAUGAUUAUUGGACAAAAGUCUUUUGCUUUUGGACACAAUGGAGAUUUAAUUGAAAUAUGCGUACCAAAUGCAAAAGAAAUAUCCAACGAAAAAGAGGAUAAUUAUUGUACUAUUAACGAUAUUUCUAAAUUAAGAGAAUUAAAGGGAAUUCAUAUGAAGACAGAAAAAUCAUCCACUAAAAAAUUAGAUGAUGAAUCUAUUAAAAGAAAGUUAUCCGAUCAAUUUAACGAUAGUACGGAAUCUUAUGAAACCGACGAAUCAGUGUCGCAGCCAAGUAAUUACUUCAAUGACCAAAUAAAUGUUAAUAUGAAAUGUAAAGUAGAAGAUAAAGAAAAGUCCAAAUCGAUAGCUACUAUAACUGAAAAAGACGAUGACAUUCCUUUUAAAUAUGGUGGUAUUCGACGUGCUAGCGAAGGAUUCGACGAAGUUAGUUUAGGAGAGAAUAAUUUCAUUCCAGAUGGUAGAAGAUUUAGUGAUAGUAUAAUUAUUAAAAAUCAGAUUAACGAAGGCCUACUAAAUAGAAGAAAAAGUUUAAAACGUCAAGCAAGAGUAAAUGAGUUUGAUGGCGAUAAUUUCUACAGUUCCAGUCCAAUAGUAUUUAAAGAUAAAAUCGUACAAGAUAAAACAUCUGAAUCUGACUUGACACCCGACUUAUAUGCAACAUCUAAAAAGAUAACAAACAUUAAAGAAUUAAAUUUAGAAUCUACCCAAGAAGUCGAGUGUUUGAGUCAAGAAAAAGUCAACGAAACUUAUGGUCCAUUUAAAAGUUACAAAUACGCCCCAAGUGUAAGCACAAAUACCUCAAGUACAUCAUCAUCUACAACGAGUGUAUUAAAACCAACAAAAGGUACUAAAUGUUGUAAAAAGAAAAAUCCAGCCUGCGAUUGCAAAGAAAAGUUAGAUUCAAUUUAUAAAGCUGAAGACAUGCACGGGGAAUGUUACUGUCAAUUCGAUGACAGCAAAUGUUGGGAGAAAGUAGAAAAAAUAAUGGAAGAAAAUAAAAAAUUAGAAGAUAUCGUAGCUAAGAGCAGAAUAGAAAUGGCAGAAAUCCGUGACAUGUUAAAUAGCGUUUUAUCCGUUAGAAUGGAACCUGGUUUUUAAUAUAGAAUCAUUGGAAAAGCUACUUAAAUGAAUUUUCAGAAAGUAUUAAUGAUUUAAUAGAUGCUAUUUACUUAACUGCAUUAAAA